AUGGUGGCAGCGGUAGAAGGCGGCGCCUCAGGGCGGCAGCGUAUCCGUGCUGUUGCGGCUGUAACGGAAGUAGACGCGGCACUCUCAGAGUCCGCGCUGAUUGCUGGCGGACUUCACGUCAGUGUCCCGCUACCUCUCCGGGAGAAGCCAAUUGUGCGUCACGCCAACUUCUCCGCCAUGAUUCAGGCCCACCUGAUCCCUGACCCGCACGGCAGUGAACGCGAGGCCCUGCGGGAGCUUCAGAUGGUUCCCGUCCUGCGUGACGAGUUUGCCGUGCUGGACGACGCCACGCUUCGCACCAUCUGCGCCUUCCUUGGCGAGCGGUCGAAGGACGCGGUGCACUUCGGAUCUGUGUGCCGCCGGCUGCGCAACAUUGUUAUUGCGCUCACACCGGUGGUUGCUGUUGUUGUGCCGGACAUGAUUCCGCUGACGAGCCUCUCAAGCCACACCGUUGUGGACUCCCUGUGUGCCUUCUUUGCGACAUACAAGAGGGGGCAGUUCGUGCAGGAGCUGCGCCUCGUGGACGCGAAUCACGCCUCAUCGCUGUCGGUUGCUGCUACCCUGCCGGUGUGCAGUCCGCAUGUCUUUCCGUCACUCGUGAAGUUGCUGCCGUCGCUGACGUACCUCGACCUGCGCGGUGUGCGGUGGGACUGCCAUGCCUGCCCGGGCCUGUCGCAGUACUUCCUCAGCGACCUCCACCUCGUCGCGCCGAAGCUGCGGACGCUCAAAGUUGGCAUGGAGCUUUUCUCGCAUUGGUCGCCGGGGUGGUGGCAGCGCCUUAGCGCGUUGGAGCAGCUCGUUGUCGGGUCGCGGCGCGAUCAGGUGGUGGGGGCGGGAACUGCACCAGCAGCGACCACGCUCCACGAGGAAAUGUUUAAUAUGCUGCGCGCCCCCCGACGGCCGUGGCGGCUCAAGUUGUGGUGUGCGUUGGAGCGCGACAUGCUGGUCCGCGUGCUGAUGCCCCUGCAGCCGUACCCCGACCUCCAGGAGCUUACGCUGAACCUCUCCAACACCGACGUCCUGGAGGAGUUCAAGCGACCACGGACAAAGUCGCCAAAAGACAACAAAUCGCGCCGAAGUACGCGGAAGACAACAAUUGUGGCCACCGACGAGGUGGAUCUGCGCUCAGUUUUCCCAUCGCUGCAGGCCCUCACGCUGGCGAAUGCCGAUCAAUCGGCGCAUCUGGCGUCUGAGCUGCUGGAGCGGAUGGCGAUGCACGCGCCGCAGCUGAAGUACUUCUCGGUGGUGAACACCGCAAGAGUUCCGCCGCCCCCGACGAAGCCGAGGCGUCGGGGGUGA